UGUUUUCUUUUCGAUUUACUAUUUUUACUUUUUUAAUACCCGCUUUCCUUUAGUUUUAUUUUCACGUAAAUUUAGUUUAGUUACUCCUCUCACUUUUAAUACUUCCAUUUCUAUGACUGUACGAGUACUUUGAAUGUACUAAGUAGUGUUGACAAACAAAAUGUUAUUUCAUUUUUUUAGUAUUCACAAAUGGAUUUUUGCAGCCGAUUAAAGAUUAUUUUUAUUUCGGUUCAAAAAAUCUUCGAUAAAAAUCAAACUCGUGAGGAGAUUAAAUUUCAAUGGCAGACAAAGAAUAUUUGUGGACAUGUUAAAAUGUACUCGCCGUAUAUGUAUUUCCUUUCUACACUCGAAAAAAUUUCUAUUUCCAAUUUUUUCGGUUGCGUCUUGGAAUCAACGGCCACCGGUUCGGAUCAUGUCCGUUACUUCACUCCUCAAUAUCUUUUUUCUUAGUUUAAAGAGGGCAAAAAGUGUUCUAA